AUGACAUGGGCCCUGCCGCUUUACCAAGCGCUUUUUCCUUCUGUGGGGUUUUUGAUGCGGGUCCUGCACAAACUGCGGAGGAUGGAUGAUAUCAAGCUCAACGGGCGGCUUGAACGCGCCCUGGUGGGUAUCACCCGCGCGAUGAUGGUGGCGGAGUUCGCGGAAAUCCUCCCUUUAGACCCUCGCGAGGCCGCCCUCGUGUCGGGGCGCUGGCCAAACAGCUAUACCCUCAACAUCCUCCGCUUCUCGGCCUCUCACGACUCUCUGUCCUACUUUGUCAAGAAAAUUUUCCCUUUUAUUCAAUUCGCGAGCCAACCCUUGCGGGAGGCUGAGCAGGCCCAACGCCCGGCCGAACGCGCGCGAUGGGCGGCGUUUCUUCAUCAGUACUGGCGCGUCGCUACGGAGUUUUAUCAACUCCCCACCAUCUUCACUGAGGACUCUUUUCGCGAGUUGUUUGAACCACUCGUAGCAUUCUUGUCGAUCCCGAGUUUUGUGGAUACGAGCACGAGCACGAUUCGCGCACUCUUCGGGGGCUAUCACCAACUCUCGCAAGGGAUUGAGGAAGAGGAGGACAAAGACGACGAGGAAAACGAUUCUUUGACCAUUGCCCCCGCGUCCCCUAAACGCAAUCCCAACAACGACAACGGGAAGGAGGAUGGGGAGGACCCAUUGGUGGGAGUUGGGAAGAGACAUCCCCACCGCCAUCAAGCCAUCCGUGCCCGCAAGAAUGCGUUAGGGGAGGAGGAUGUCUUCCUCGCUGUGAACGACCUCAGCUGGGCUCCGCACCCCUACCACGGCAUCUCCCAGACGCGCGCGAAGGAGGUGUGCGAAACGAUCUUCGCCAAGUACAGGGCGAAUAUCAUGCCGAAGUUGUGUAAUAUCUUCGAAACGCACGACUCGACCGCGAUGCUGUGUGCAAUCGAAACCUUCUCCAGGGUCUGCAGUACGGGCGUUAUGACGAAUAUUUUGAACGGCAUUCUUGAUGUGAGUGUGCAAAUCACCGCCAAGACUCGCAAAAAGGGGGAGGGGCCGAGUGGAAAUAGAUCAUCCACCGCACUGACCUCAAGGAGUCGGAUGGUUCUGGAUAUCGCGUGUGCGGUGGUGCCGCAGCCUCAGUUGGAGCACCCCACUACCUUCUUUAAUGACGUGAUCGAUCCGGUGUUAAUGGACCCCAUGCCAGAGUCACGCCUGCUGCAGAAAAAAAGCCUAUAA